GGGAAGCUAUGGAGUCCAAACCGAAACGCAGGCGCAGAGUUUGCCACUUGAUCAGACUAUUGGCGGCGCCAGCAGCGCAGCAUACCGCGAGUGUGCACCUGCUGCCCUUGCGACAACAACAAAAAGAUUUGCAGAUAAUGGCAGCGGAUCAGACCAGACCACAGAAGCAAGCAGCUCUCACGGGGAAUCUUUGGCGGAGGCGAACGACGUGGGAGUGAACAUGUUGGUUGACGCAAACAGUGGCGCUUUAACUGCUGCAGACUGGGAUACAGUUAUCUACCACCCACUGCCGUCACUGAUCCGGCAGUACAGGCAGCAGCGGCCAGCUCAGGUGCAGAUGCAGAUGCAGAUGCCGAUUCAGACUCAGAAGCAGGCUCAGUCUCUGGCGUCUGGUGCGGCAGUGGGCAACUCGCGCAUGGCCCAUCAACCGCUGGUGCGCUCGCUUAAUAUGAUGUCAAUGUCCGAGCAGGAGCCGACAUUAAGUGCGGGGGUCAGCGUGCCCAUGUUCAAAGCUAGAGCCGGGCGGCUGAUCAAGACAACAUCAAUAUCUCUAAGCGCCUUUGGCGGCCAGAUCCACAGAGACUCCCAGACGGGCUCAGCUCAAGGCUACACGAGCGACGGCCAUGAAGAGUGCGACGCACGCACUCGGCCAACUGGCGGGAUGGGUGACCUUACCGCUGGCGAGCUGGUCGCAGGCGACAGCGACAGUGAAGACGAGGCAGCAGCGGGACAGAACAAUGCAUCUUCAUCAUAUAGGAAGAAGACAACACAGAAACGGAGCACACGACGGGUGAAGCUGAAGCCUGUAGGGAAGGAUGGAAACAUCGAAGGCACUGGGAGGUCACGGACUGUUGGGUUGCAGAAUCUGGUUAGCAACAACUUUUACAAGCUCCGCCUGAAAAAUGGGCGCCAUGGACCGCAGUCAACUGAGGACCGCCGCACAGCGCUGUACAAGCGAAUGAUCGGCAAGAAGGGACGCGUCAAAACAACGGUACCCGGAUCAAAGGUCGGCAGCCAAGAUGCAGAGAACGGUACCGAAGGGUGGGCUGAGGACGGUAUGUAUAUGGGCAGUGACAGCGACAAUUUCGACGACAGCUGGAAUGACAAUAAUCGUGAAUGUCGGAGCGACACAGAAGGUGGGUCGCGCCAAUCAGCGCAGCCGACCCGUCUUAUUCAUGGCCAGUCGCUGUUUAGCUUCCGUGCAGACACAGACUCAAAGUCGAGCGAGUUAUGCGCGCUAGACUCAGUCGAUCACUGCAUUGACAUGCGCAAGGUGCUGCGGCAUGUGUGGGGAUUCGACGCGUUCCGCAGUGAGCAGGCGACAGCAAUGCAGCGUGUCAUCGAGGGCCGCUCGUCAUUGCUGAUUUUAGCAACAGGCGCUGGAAAGUCAUUGGCAUAUCAGCUUCCAGCAGCAGUGUUGUGGGCGGCAACCGGCGGCCUGACCCUAGUGGUGACGCCGUUGGUUGCCCUGAUGCGCGAUCAGAUGCGCGGGCUGCCACAAGCGCUUCGCGCUCUGUGCCUGUCGGGCGAAGACGCCUCGAGCUUUAGCGACGCAGCCAAGAAGCUUGUAGGAGGAGAUGUGCAGCUGCUGUUUGUGUCGCCCGAGCGCCUGCAGAGCCCGCGUUUCCACGCGCUGAUGGCGCGUGCUGGGGUUCCGCGGGUGCACUUGGCAGUCAUCGAUGAGGCGCACUGCGCCUGCGAGUGGUCGCACAACUUCAGACCGGCGUAUCUGCAGCUGCCAGAGGCCCUGAGUCGCCUGGGAGACCCAUGCGUGCUGGCGAUGACCGCAACUGCCACUGCCGCCCUGGCUACACGCCUGGCGUCCAUGUUUGCUAUCAACAACCACGACAUUGUGCGCGGUGGUGUGCUACGCCCCAAUAUUUUACUAGGAGCGGUGGCAGUUGAUGUAGGCGCAGCAAAGUUGCGGUCAACUGCGCGCGAGGAGACGCUUCUCGCCAUGCUGCGCUCCUCUGAAAUGGUCUCGCUCGGUGCCGUGCUUGUCUACGUAGCCACUCAGGCCACUGCAGACCGCGUUGCUGAAUUUCUCACCGCGCGCUCGGUACCGGCGCAGGCGUACCAUGCUGGCAAGCACACAGCUGAGCGCACGCGUAUCCAGACCGCGUUCAUGCGCGAGACCUCUGGGGUAGCGGCUAUCCGCGUGCUGGUUGCUACUGUUGCCUUUGGUAUGGGCCUCGACAAGAGCGACAUUCGCGCGGUUGUACACUUUAAUCUGCCGCGUAGCAUGGAGGCAUACGUACAAGAGGUUGGCCGCGCCGGCCGCGACGGCGCGCAAGCAAGAGGCAUUCUGCUGCUUGCCAUGCAGGAUGGCACAAUGUCCUCUGACGCCGUAGUCAUCCGCAGCUGGGCUCACUCUGACGGUGUCGAUUCUGCGGCUGUGCGUCGCCUGUUGCUCCGACUUUUUCCUGACGCAUUUGUGCGCAAUGCAAUUGCUGCUGCGGCUCUCGCACGUCGAUCAGCUGCUGCGCUUGGAUCAAAAGCCUGGCACGUUGCCCACACUGCUGUGCUCGAGCUUGCUGCGCUGCAAGCAGACAUUGAUGCCGAUCAGGCCGUCGUGCAGACGCUGCUUAACUAUCUUGCCCUUGCCGACCCUGCUACUUAUUCCCCCGAGCCCAACACCCAUCGUAAGUGUGCUAUCCGCUUCAUGCGCACCGAUCUUGCCAAGCUAGCCGAAAGCCAUUCCUUCUUUUCAAAGCUGGCAGACCACCUCAAUGCUGGCGCAUCGGCGCAGCCACGUCAGGGCAUCCGUUUGCCAGCUGGAAAAAGGCCGCCUACAUCUGCCACCGUCGACGUUUUCGACUUGGCUCGUGCCAUGAGCAUGACUCCUGAAGAUGUCUCAUCGGAGCUGCACCACUGGCGAGCCAAGCGCGAGCUAUUCCUAGAAUGGCAGAACCAUCAUGCAUCGUCAAAGUCACCCUCGAUAUGAGCAAGUUUGCUGCUGACCUUGCCGCUGCUUCUGACAAUGAGGAUGGG